AGACUACGACUUCCGCCUAACUAUUUCGGGCCACAGCUAUCCACCAAGUCUGAUAGUAUUCAGCAGCCAGGAUCCAAGGCCAAUAGCGCCUACCUCAUUGGGCAGGCUUCCACUAAGCUGGCCAUAUUCCAGACGUGAAAACGAGCAACACAUCGCGAAACUGAGCAUCAUGUCUGAAGCACCAGUUGCUCAGCCAGCGCCGGCGCCAGCUGCUGACUCACCAGCGCCAGCUGCGUCAGUACCAGCGCCUGGCGAGGGUACAUCGGACGCGCCCAAGAAACUCUCACCAGCAGAACUGAAAAAGCUAAAGCAGGCGGAGAAGCAGGCCAAGAGAGCCCAGGCAAAGGCUACUGGAGGGGCACCAAACCAGCAGCAAGGGCCUUCAAAGGACAGCCAAAAGCAGCAAAAAGACUCGAAGCAAACAUCAAAAGACGAAAAGUCAAGACCGUUCCCAACACGGCAGAAACCAGCGCAGGCGCAUGCGUCAUUAGCAAAAGAGCCGGAAAAGAAGUCCAAAAAAGACGCUGGAUCAAAACAAACUGGCCUCUUCUUUGGUCACCUCUACAGCCAGCCCAAGCAGCAAUCGCUUGUUGGCGCCUCAAAGGACGUACAUCCCGCCGUUCUCGCGCUGGGCCUGCAGUACAGCAGCUAUGCCAUUUGUGGCAGUAUAGCACGCAUGGUGGCCAUGCUUCUGGUGUUCAAGACCGUCAUCGAGGCCUACCAAACGCCCCCAGGAAACAGUUUGGCCCGGCAUCUAACCAGCCAUCACCUGGGUCCGCAGAUUGAAUUCCUAAAGAGCUGCAGACCGCUGAGUGUCAGUAUGGGAAAUGCCAUUAGGUGGCUGAAGGAUGUCAUUAUCAAGAUUGAUCCCUCAACCCCUGAGAACGAAGCUAAGCGCGACUUGAUUGAGGAGAUUGACAUCUUCAUCCGUGAGCGCGUCACAGCCGCAGACCGACUGAUCCGCGACUUGGCCGCCACCAAGAUCCAAGCUGGGGACGUAAUCAUGGUGUACGCAGCUUCUUCGAUCGUGGAGCAGACUAUAGUGCAUGCGCACGAUUCCGGCAUCCCGUUCACGGUCAUUGUAGUGGACUCGAAGCCGCUCUUCGAAGGCAAGCAAUUGGCGCGGAAGCUCGCGAACCGCGGCAUCACAGUGCGGUACUACCUCGUCACGGGGGCUUCUCACGCGGUACGAGAUGCCACAAAGGUGUUCCUGGGCGCGCACGCCAUGAUGUCCAACGGGCGUCUCUACUCGCGCGUUGGCACAGCGCUCAUCUCCAUGCUCGCGCAUUCGCAUUCCAUCCCCGUCAUCGUGCUCUGCCAAUCCGUCAAGUUCACCGAGAGAGUCGCGCUCGACUCCAUCGUUGGCAACGAAGUCGCGCCGGCUGAGGAAAUGCUUUCGGAAGCUGAGCGUCGCGAGCUGCUCCCCUUGAAGUCUCGACUGCCCGCGUCCAAGACCGACGACAAGUCCGCUACAGCAGAAGACGCACCCGCAGAUACAGCGGAUGUCCUGAAAUGGAUCGAAGAAGCAAAGAACCUGCAUCACCUCCAGGUCCUCUACGACGUUACCCCCGCACACUACAUCAACAUGGUCAUUAAUGAGUACGGGAGCUUACCGCCAAGCUCGGUUCCCGUCGUCCACCGCCUGAGAACCGAAGAACAAGAAGUCGCGCCUUCAAAGAAGGGCGUACGCCAGACUACCGGUUGGUCAUGA